AUGGGAAAAGGAAGAGCACCAUGCUGUGAUAAGACUCAAGUUAAGAGAGGACCUUGGAGCCCUGCUGAAGAUCUUAAACUUAUUGCUUUUGUUCAGAAAUUUGGUCAUGAAAAUUGGAGAUCUCUCCCUAAACAAGCAGGUCUUCAAAGAUGCGGAAAAAGUUGUCGUUUAAGAUGGAUCAAUUAUCUUAGACCUGAUUUAAAGAGAGGCAAUUUUACAGUAGAUGAAGAGGAAACUAUAAUAAAGUUACAUAAAGCUAUGGGAAACAAGUGGUCAAAGAUAGCAUCAUAUCUGCCUGGUAGAACUGAUAACGAGAUCAAGAAUGUGUGGAACACACAUUUAAAGAAAAAACUUGUCAUCAAAAGUUCAGAUUCAACAAGUGGAGAUGAAUCUAAAUUAGAGUCAUCAAUAACCUCACCCUCUUCAUCCGAAUCAAUUUUAUCAAACGAGGCACCAAUAAGAGAGUCGGAAAAACAAGUUUCCAACAAACAUGUUAUCGUCAAUGGCGAUCCAAAAGGGUCAUCGAAUUCAUUGUCAUAUUCAAUCGAGUCUAACAAAAUCUUGAACUCGAGCGAAAUUGUUGACAACAAAAUAGAACAACAUUUGAGUUCUCUAGAGUCUUAUGACAUUGACAAAAUAUUAGAAGAUGUGGAAAAUCUAAACAAUUUGAUUGAAAUACCAUGGGAAUCAGAUUAUGAUCUUUGGAAUUUUAUUGACAAUAUUGGUUCUUAUGAUCAAUCAAAUGUUGGUGAAGAGAGUGUUAUUCAAGAUGUUGUUGAGAAUGAAUUUGGAGAAGUAGGUGAAAUAAAGGAGUCAAAGAACAAGGAAGAGGUUCUACCAAAGAAUUAUGAAGUUGACCCUCAUGAUGCAUUUGAUUUCAAUGAUAUUAUAAUGCCUGAUUCUGAAUUAGAUUUUGGUAGUAUUCAAUUGUGGUCCUCUUUUUCUGAAAAUAAUAGUCCUAAAGUUUAA